CGGGCCCAGUCAAGCGCCGCACGGAUCAUGGCCGCAGCCGCACGGGGCCAGGUCUGUGCCCGAAGGCUGCUUCCUGUUCCUUGGCUUCUGUUGGGUCCCAGAAGAUGUGCCUCCACCAAUUUCAAGGCUGCGGAUCUGCAGCUGCAGAUAACACAUUCGCCUCAGAAGAAGCCCAGUGCCCACGAGCCCCUGGUGUUUGGGAAGACGUUUACUGACCACAUGCUCAUGGUGGAGUGGACGGGGAGCAAGGGCUGGGGACAGCCCCGCAUUCAGCCCUUCCAGAACCUCACGCUGCACCCGGCCUGCUCUGCCCUCCAUUACUCCCUGCAGCUCUUCGAGGGCCUGAAGGCUUUCAAGGGCAAGGACCAGCAGGUACGCCUCUUCCGGCCAUGGCUCAACAUGGAGCGCAUGCUGCGCUCGGCUGGACGUCUCUGCCUGCCGAGCUUUGACAAGGUGGAGCUGCUGGAAUGCAUCCGCCGGCUCAUCCAGGUGGACAAGGACUGGGUGCCCGAUGGUGCAGGCACCAGCCUCUACGUGCGGCCCGUGCUCAUCGGGAACGAGCCCUCCCUGGGUGUCGGUGGUGUCACGCAGGCCCUCCUCUACGUCAUCCUGUGCCCUGUGGGCUCUUACUUUCCUGGAGACUCUCUCACCCCCGUCUCCCUCCUGGCUGACCCCACGUUCAUCCGGGCCUGGAUUGGGGGGGUCGGCGACUACAAGCUGGGAGGGAAUUACGGGCCCACGGUGUUUGUGCAGCGGGAGGCCCAGAGGCAGGGCUGCGAGCAGGUGCUGUGGCUCUACGGGCCUGAGCACCAGCUCACCGAGGUGGGCACCAUGAACAUCUUCAUCUACUGGACCCACGAGGACGGGGUGCUGGAGCUGGUGACGCCCCCGCUGGACGGCGUCAUCCUACCUGGGGUCAUCCGGCAGAGUCUGCUGGACCUGGCUCGGAGCUGGGGGGAGUUCCGGGUUGUGGAGCGCCAGGUGACCAUGCGGGAGCUGCGGCGCGCGCUGCAGGAGAGCCGCGUGCGGGAGGUCUUCGGCUCCGGCACCGCCUGCCAGGUGUGCCCGGUGCACCAGAUCCUGUACGAAGGCCAGCACCUCCACAUCCCCACCAUGGAGAAUGGGCCGGAGCUCGUCCUCCGCUUCCAGAAGGACUUGAAGGCGAUCCAGUACGGAACAAGCGCGCACGAGUGGAUGCUCCCGGUGUGACCGCCGAGCGGUGGCCUCCAGUCCCACCUCGCCUCGCCUCCUCGCCGAUGACUCACCUCAAGUGCAAUAUGAAUCAGACUGGGGGCGCCCGGACUCCUGGGUCCGCGCACCCCCAUGUUGUCGCUACACUCCCAAAGCCAUAGGGGCCGGCGCAGGGGUCUGCGCCCCCAGCCCUCUCGGGGAUCACGUCCCCCAGCUGCUCCGUUCCUGAGGGGGAGGUGGUCAACGCUGCGCACUGGCCCCACUCCGCGCGUCUCUCCGUGUUCUCUCGCCGGACCCUCGGUGCUGCCGUUGAUUUUUUUUUUCCUCUGCUGCAAUUUUGAAAUAAAAUGCCAAAGAACAA